AUGGACCUAAAGCUAAAAAAUCCUGACUUCUGGUACAGUCUUCAUGGACAAGUUCCAGGACUUCUGGACUGGGACAUGGGGAAUGAGUUCUUCUUGCCUUGCACCACCGACCAGAGCCCUUUAGCUGAGCAGAACCUUGCCAAAUACAAAAUUCGAGUAAUGAAGCCCCCAGAAGUACCUCAGGAGUGUAAACCUGGUCCUGAUCAAGAUGCUCCUUACUCUGAGCCCAAUUUGUGGAUGUGGGUGAACCCUAACAUUGUGUGCCCUCUCAGUAGCCAGGAGGCCUCAAAGCCCAGCAGUAAGGAUCUGACAAGCAUGGCUUCUUCCCCUGAGGUACCCACAAAAGAUGAAGAGUCUCACUUCUCAGAGGCUCAGGGAAUGGUGGAGUCCCUGCCACUUUCCUCCAGUGAGCAGUCUCCCCAACAGAAGCAACCUGUCUCUUCCUCAAGUGACUUUGAGCUCACAGAAGAGGAGGCUGAGGAACAAGAAGACAAAUCUUCUAUGACCCUCAAGCCCCUUAACAAAAGGAAAUGCUUCCAGAAGCCAAAGCUGUGGCAAGCUAACAACCAGGAAAGGAAAUCCUGGCCACGGCCCCCACUCAAUUACAGCCACCUGAUUGCCCUAGCAUUAAGAAACAGCCCUCCUUGUGGCCUCAAUGUGCAACAGAUCUACAAUUUCACUCGACAACAUUUCCCCUUUUUCUGGACAGCUCCAGAUGGCUGGAAAAACACCAUUCGCCACAACCUCUGUUUCCUGGGCAGCUUUGAAAAGGUGCCAGUCACUCCUCAGGAUGAGGCUGAUGCAAAACCUCGCUCUUGCCUCUGGAGGCUCACGGAGGAGGGACACCGCCACUUUCAGGAGGAUACUCGUCUCUUGGCCUCUGCUCGAAGAGAAAGCAUCGAACAGUGCAUGAGCCAACCAGAUUUAAUGCCCUCCCUCUUUGACCUUUGA